GGAUCGCAUCGCUGGGUCUCUCACCGCAACUAGCAGACGACCUUGUCAGCACCAUGGCGCCCUCUGCCACCGCGUCUGCGAUCCAGCUGGUGCCGCUCACGACUGACCGCGCCGUCGUAGCGACUCACUCGGCCGCCGCCGGCGCUGGCAGCGAUCACGAUGAGGGCGCAGUGCACAGCGCUUCCCUUGCUGAGAGGGAGCCCAGCACACCGGGUGACAUCGAGACGGGCACGCCCUCCUCCGCCUCCUCGCCUGCCCUCCCCCUCGCGGGGGUUGACGCCCUGCCCCUCGUUGACGGCGGCCCGCGUGCGUGGGCCUUCCUCGCCGCCGCGACGACCAUCGAGUUCAUGGUGUGGGGCCUGCCGUUCUCGGUCGGAGUGCUGAAUGCGUACUGGUCCGAGUCGCUCUUCCCGGGACAGCCGCAGACCGUCGCGCUGGCAUCGACACUGCCGCAGGGAUUGCUACUGUUCUCAGGCGCCGUGCUUGCCCCCCUGUUCACCCUCCUGCCUUGGCACGAGAAGCGGAUCCAGGCGGUCGGGAUGGUCAUCGCCACGGUCGGUUUGAUCGCCUCUGCCUUCGCGACGAAGGCGUGGCACCUGGUCGUCACCUUUGGCUGCCUCUACCCGUUUGCGACUGCCCUCUACUUCCCCUGCCCGAUCAUCGUCUUCGAGUGGUUCCAGGCACGCCGUGGCCUCGCCUCCGGUGUCGUCUUCGCGGGCACCGGCGCCGGCGGCGCAGCGUUCCCGUACAUCGUGACGUCGCUCCUGGGAAGGUUUGGAUACCGCACCACCAUGCUCGCGCUGGGCGUCGCCUUCAUCUCCAUCAACUCGGUGGCGUUGACGCUCAUCAAGCGUCGCGUUCCGCUCGCUGCUCGUGUAUCUAGCAGUACUCGCCGCCCACGCCCCCGCACCGACUUCAGCUUCCUCGCUGGCCGUGCAGCUUGGGCCGCAUUCGCGUUCAUCACCAUCUCCAACCUCGGCAGCUUUAUUCCUCUCCUGUGGAUGCCUUCAUAUGCCACCGCGACGCACGCGACUCGCCCCGACGGCACGACGCUGGUGGCCAUUAUGAAUGGUAUCACUGCCCCCGGCUUCCUCCUGAACGGCCACCUGUCCGACCGCCUCCCAGCUCGCAUCGUAAUCUGCACCUCGUGCCUCCUGGCCACGCUUUCAUGCCUCCUGCUUUGGGGUUACGGAACGAGCGCGGGCCCGCUGGUCGCCUUCGCCAUCGUCUGGGGCAUCACGGCUGGCAGCACGAGCGGGAUCUGGUCCAAGAUGGUGACCGUGAUCAACAAGAGCGGUGACCCAUCUGUUCCCGCGUGGACGAUCGCUACGUUUGCCUGCCUCAAGGGCGUGGGCAGUCUGACCUCAGGCCCCAUCUCCAAUGCCCUGCUCGCGACUGGGCCGUUGAAGGGUGCCGGCGGGGCGUUCGGCUCGACCAACUAUGGAUCACUCUUCAUUUACACGGCUGUCACGACCUUUGCGGGUGGCCUCGUAGCCAUUGCAUUCCCAGACAAGUAGUCUGGCUGGAAGGAUACCGUCUUGGGCAAGUAACGAUCUGCAUGAAUGGACAUAUGGCUACUACUUGUAACCCAACGCCGACGCAAUCGCCUUGGCGAGCGCCGGGUCUACCCUCGCGAACAUUUCAAUCGCGCCCUUCUGGAGGGAGGCAACAACUCCCAGGAGACUGUCAACGACAUUGUCGACAAAAUCUUCCUGCUCGCCACUAUGGCACCCAAGCACAUCC